UGUGGCCAGUCACACCUUAUACUUGCUGGCAUAAUUAAUGUUCCCUUUCUUUCUCUACGGUCUCUGCCCUUGAACGUCUUUAUUGUGCCCUUGUUCAUUAACAGAGGCUCCUUCCAUUAGAAGGAUAUAAGGAAAAGAUAUCCUGUUACUGGUAGAGGAGAGAAUCACUCGUCAUUAUCAGUUACAAUGAAUGAAGAUAGAUUCGAAGAUGGUGAUUUCCUGGCAGCCAUCGAGAGGUUCACAGAGGCUAUAACUCUCAACAGAAAUAACUUCCAGCUGUUCUGUCAGCGCUCAGCUGCUUACGCUCGUAUAGGAAGACACAAUGAGGCACUGGAGGACGCCAAGAGGUGCCAUGAACUAAAACCAGACUAUGCCAAAGCGUAUCACAGGAUGGGUGUGGCAUAUCAAGGCCUGGGUCAGUAUGAUGAAUCUCUAGUCUCGUUCUCCGAAGGACUGGCCAUAGACCCCAAACUGUCCUCUGCUCUUGUGGGACUCAUAGACUCCAUGUUGAAGUCUCCAUAUAAAGGCAAUUUUCAGCAGAAAUUAGAGAAACUACCAACCAAAGUCCAUCACAAUCCGUUCAUAAUGACGUCAGCUGUGGGGCAGGAGCUAUCCUCCGCUGGUAAAUACAGUGCAGCUGUCAAAGUGUUGGAAGCUGCUCGUAACAUAGGGACUGAGAGCCCUCGACUCCAAUCAUCUUUAUUACAAGCACUUGGACAGGUGUAUUGGAUCCUAGAGGACACCGAUAAGUCUCUGGAGUACAUGCUCUCGACACUUAAACUGGCAGAGUCAAUGGGAGACGAUACUGCGACCAUCAGAGCCCAUGACAACCUCGGGGUGGCUCUCUCCUCUGUGGGCCGUCAUGAUGAAGCCAUCAAGCACCACUCUCAGCAGCUGGCCUUGACUCAAGCUCGUAACGCUCCUUAUGAAAUACUCAACUCAUUCAUGAGAAUUGGGAGCACUUUCAGUAAAAUUGGCAGCCACUCGGAGGCACUGGGUGCCUUUAAAGAAGCUUUUGUGAUUAGUAAAGAACUCAGUGACGAGGACCUCAUAUCACAAACCAUCACUAGUAUUGCUGAUACUUACCUCAUCCUUGGUGACAUUGACCCCGCCAUUGGCUGGUACCACGAACAGCUCAAGUUUGCUAAAGAGUUGAAGAAUAAGCCAAAGGAAGCUGAGGCGUAUUCUCACUUAGGACACAGCUGCUACUUAAAGGGGAACUACGAACAGUCCAUGAUGUAUUACCAACAGUUACUGACAGUGGCUGUACAUACGAAUGACCUAAAGAUAAAAGCUGAAGCUUAUGGUGGGAUGGGUCAGGCAAGUCGAGCCAUGAAUUCAUUGAAUCACGCUCUGAGCUGCCGGGAACAGCAACUUAAAAUAAGCGAAGAACUUGGAGAUGAGGAGACACAGCUGGUGGCACUGACUCACAUCGGACACAUUCACAGAGCCGGGAAUAAACUCAGCUCUGCCAUUCAAAAUUACAACAAGUCGCUGGCUGUAGCUCAAAAGACAGGGGAUCAGGGAGGAGAGGCUAAAGCUUACUCCAGUCUUGGGCUCUGUCACACGAGUCUGGGGAAUAUCAGGGAAGCUGUCAAGUAUUACGAAAUGGAGUUGAAGAUAUUGGAGGAGAGAGAUGACAAACACAGUCAAGUAGCUACCCACGGUCAGCUAGGACUAGCUUACCUUUCACUGGAGAGUCAGGAUCAAGCGUUGUCACACUUAUCCCUGAGCCUCAAGUUAGCGAAGGAGCUAGCAGACAGACGCCUGGAGUGCCAGUCCUCAUACAACCUUGGUCACUACUUCACAGUCAUCAAGGACUUUACUCAAGGUUUGUCCUAUCUUGAUGGGUCCUUGAAACUCUCUCAGGAACUGAAGUACAGCGGAAUAGAGAGUAAGUCCUGUCACGAUCUGGGACUUUGUCACGAAGGCCUCGGUCACCAUAAACAAGCGAUACAGUACUUCCAACAUGAUUUCAUGGCCGCUAAGGAGACUCAGGAUAAAGACGGGAUGACAAAAGCUUGUGAGAAACUGGCCACUGCCUACUCUGAGAUUGGAGAUAAGGAGCAGUCUGAAGUUUAUCAGAAGAAACUGUCGGCCAUUGCAGAGGAUAUUCAAAGUGUUGCUGGUAAAUGUUCAUUCUGGAAUCAAAUGGCAGACGAGAGCCUAGCUAUGGGUGAUUAUGAUAAAGCCAUUGAGUAUUACAGUAAUUUAUUGAAAGAAGCAAAGAAAGAACAGCAUCAGUCGUUUGAAGGUGUGGCUUAUCGUGGACUGGGUAACGCCCACUUGAGUACCGGGAACUAUGACCACGCCCUCAGCUACUUCAGACACGACCUUUCAUUGCGUAAAUCUUCCGGUGACCUUUUAGGUGAGUGUGACGCUUACUUUAACAUGGGGACCACUCAUAAUUCGCUGAAUCAGCACUCGCUUGCUUUGGAGAGUUUCGAACAUCAGUUAACAUUAGCAAGACAGCUGGACAAUGGUCCGCUCAUUACCAAGGCUUAUGGCUGUCUGGGUAUCGUCCAUCGUAAUACCAAGAACUUUACAAACGCUCUUCAUUAUCAUCAGCUCCAACUGACAACAGCUCUCACUCUACAGGAUAACCUCUUGGAACAAGCAGGAGCUUACGCUAACUUAGGAGACUCAUUCGAAGCAGUUCAUAAUUAUAUUGAGGCUACUAGGAACCACGAGAAGCACCUCUCACUGGCCAAGAAACUGCAAAGCGAGUUACUCCAGAUAAGAGCUCUGGGUAGCUUAGGGCGGGCCUACAGGGGGCUGGGGUCCUUGAGAAAGUCCUUGUCGUAUUUCCAGCAAAGACUCCAGAUCAGUAAAGACAUCAAUGAUGAGUACAUUGAAGCCGAGAGCUAUGCCGAUAUAGGGAACAUACACAUGUUACUGAAGGACUAUCAGCAGGCCCUAGACUCUUACUCUAAGCAGCUCCGUAUCUCAAAAACACUCGAAGACAUUUUCAGUGAAGCACUCGCCUCAUGUGGACUGGGAGAGGUUCACUUUCGUCUCGGUAACUAUGGCGAUGCUAUUGAUCAUCACAUGUACGACCUCCAGCUGUGUAUUGAUAACAAUAUACUGGAUGGGGAAGCUCGGGCCCUGGGGAACAUUGCUGAUACUUACGAGGGAAUGAGGGAAUAUCAGAAAGCUGUUCAUUAUCGUGAGAAGCAGUUGAGUGUUGCCGACACUCUAAGAGACCCUUAUAUCAGGGCCGUGGCCUUUAUGGGGCUCGGUAAGACUUACUUAAGAAUAGGUGACUUCAAUCAGUCAGUGUCACUAUUAAAGCAAGCCCUAGGCCUCACUGUGAAACCUAAUGGAUACACUUACGAUGAGACGGAAACAGACAAGGAGGUUGAAGCCAAGAUCAGGUUUUAUCUGGGACAAGCCUUUUACCACAUUGACCACAACUCUGACGCCAUGGCCUGCCUUCAAAAAGCCUUACCUUUAUUUGAACAUUUAAGAGGUCACGUGAGACACUAUGACCACUCCAUCAAGCAGACACUGGAGCUACUACCAAUCCUCUACCAGACGCUGAUUUGUGUGUUAGUUCGACUCAAUAAAGUGGAGGAGGCACUGGAGAUGGCAGAGAGAGAGAGGAACAGAGCCCUGGUGGAUGCACUCAUUGAUAGAGAUAUCAGUACUCCUUCAAUGAGCAGCUGUGGUCUACUCAAACCAUUCUCUCCAAACUCCAGCUGGAUACAAGAUGCCAUUAGCACCAUCAGGUGCCCUGUUCUUUAUUACGCUGUUGCUCUUAAUCACGUGUUCCUUUGGUUACUCCUCCCUAAAUCUGGUAUCGUACAGUUCAAACACGUCAAUAUAACAGAACUGAGUUCCAAUGGCACUGGUAACCUUGACAACGUGUCCAUGUUCUCAGAAAACAGUCUCACGUAUGUACAACCCCUUGUUGAGACCAUCGGUUCCCUCCGUGAGUUGCUGGGGGUGGAGCCUCGUCGACAGAGUUCCAAAAGUGCCAAUUCAUCAGUGAUAUCUGAUGAUUCUUUGGACGAUAACGAGUCAUUAAUUAGUGGGGGCGGGGAACAUGUGCCAACAUUUUCAAUAAUCAGCAGCAGCACUCCAUCAACGAUGUCUUCAGGAUCAGUUUCAUCUUCACCUUCUAAGAUCAUCAACAUGCAACCCAUUAAUGAUCUUUAUGAUCUACUGAUCCAUCCAGUUGAGUGUGCCCUGCCCCGCCCACCCCCAGGCAGUGCUUACAGAGGUCAAGUCAUCAUCGUCCCUGACAAGGACCUUUAUCUUGUUCCCUUUUCCCUUCUCAAACCAGAGGGUAAGGGAGAGUUCCUGUUCCAACAGUUCCAUAUCCGUUACGCUCCCUCCCUCCAGUCUCUUGUGAUAGAGAGGAAGAUGAAGAUCCCUCUUAAAAAGAAGAGUGGGUCCACGAAACCAAACACAAGGUCCAGUCCCUCCAGAGGAGGUGUGGCCACAGACUCUCAUUUACAAGUACCGAAUUCAUCAUCAAAGAUUCCUCUAGUUCGUUCUCAUUCUCCUGCAGCUGACCCUCUCUCCCAGGAUCCCCUACUGCCCCAUAAACCGAUACACCUUGUCGUGGGUAAUCCCUCUAUUCCAAUUAAUGCCUCUCAGUCGUCAUGGCAACCGAUGGUAGGAGCAGAAAAGGAGACAAAGCGAAUAGCGGAUUUACUUGAAGCCACGCCCCUAACAGGGACUCAGGCAUCGAAACCAGAUGUGUUGGAUAAACUGAGUGACGCCCACAGCAUAUACUUUGCUACUAACGUCUCCUGGACUCAAUCUCACUUUGUGUUAGCCGCUAAAGAAGAGUCUUUAAGUGACCAAUCAGAAUCAUCGAAUCAUUCUCUACCCAGACGGGUCAGUGGAGAAGGCGGGGCUCUGUUAAAAAGGGGCGUGGCUGACGGCAGCUCAAUCAGUUCCCUACCAGAACCCCAUCAGUACCUAUUGUCCCUCAGUGACAUCAUGGACAAUAAGAUAAAGUCAAAGAUAUUCGUAAUCAGUGGAGCCCAUAGACCAGAGUCCAAUCGGAUAACAGCUGAGAGUAUAAUGGUAAUGGUAGAGGGUCUACUGGCUAGUGGAGCGGACACUGUACUGGUACCACUAUGGCCGUCCAGUCACCAUGGAUCAAGACUAAUGAUGAACGGAUUCUACAGCAGCUUAUUGUACGGGAGUAGGACCAGCAGAGCUCUGGCUUAUGCCAUGCAGGUUGCUGUUCACAGUCAGAAACACUCCCAUCCAUCAAACUGGGCCGGGUACAUGCUGUUUGGUAAAGACAUCAUCCUAAAGGACAGAGCCACUGACCUCUCAAGGAGCAUCAGGUCAAUGCUACAGAGCCCAACAGACUACCUGAUAGCUGGACUGAAGACACUCCAGGCUAUGAUUGUGACGUCACUAAAGCACUUGUCUCAAGGUAUCACUCAGUCAGAACCGAAAGUGGCCAAUAGAACUACGAUAGAGUCAAAGUUAGGGUCUGUGAGUGGGUGGGAGGAACUACUGGGUUGUAAUGGAUUCUGUUUCAUAAAUCCUGUGAAGAAAGACAUGCCAGCCACCAUUGUGUUCCCUGAGCAUGAUGACUCAGGACUUCAGAAGAAAACUCAUAAAGCAAUUGAAGCUCUUUUAGGUAUUCCAAUUCCUUGUCUUGUGUCUCUUAGUAAACUAUGUAAAUAUCCACUGGUAGCUAGGCCAUUAUUUACAGCUAUAAAGUGCAGUAUGGCAGGAUUAGCAGCUUCCCCGAGACCCGACACUGCUAUUGAGAUACAGCUGGAGAGAGACGUUUGGGACAAAGAAAUGUGUCCGGAGUUUUUCACAAACCUUCAUUUUAAUCUCAUGCCCACUCCUUCCUCCUCCUCCUCUUCCUGUGUAGUCCUGUCUGCUCCGGCUAAGAAACUUGAAUCUAAGCUACUUCAGUUUGCAUCAAAUGCCAUCAUAGCUGUCUUUGGUCCAGAGGAACAUAUGGAAGUUCCUCCUCAGAAACUUGCUGUAUAUGAAUCAGAACUAUUGUAAUUUUAAUAGUUAUUGUUUUAAUGCACUUAUUAUUUCAUAAAGUGUGACAUUAAUAAUAAUAAUUA